CCAAGCUCUCCGUCCUCACGACAGACACGAACCAUUGAGACCGCAAAGAUUGAUAAUUGGCCAGCUUCCGGCAGCUGCUACCGCAGCGCUCACGCCACCCGACGCCGUCAUGCCGCCGUCCGUCGCGGCUGAGGCGGCGGCGGCGGCGGCGGUGGCGGCUGACGCGCGUCACGCGGCCGCAGCCGCACACGACGAGCUCGACACGGUGGCCGAGGAGCCGGCCGCGGUCACGACGGUCGCGGAGCCGGCUACGGAGCCGCCCGUCGCCGCGCUGGCGUCCGUGACGCUCGACGCCGCGCCGACGGACCUCGCGGCGCCGCCCGAGCCCCCGGCGACCACGGCCCCGACGCCCUUCGCGGCCCUCGCGACGCCGCCGCCGCCUCCAGUAGACGACGACGCGCCGGCGAUCCCGCGCUGGGCCUUUCUGCGCGUCGGCCGGGCCAUGGAGCGGUCCGCCGUCGCCGACGCGGACGACGAGGUCUCCUACCUCGACGUGGACCUCGACCCGGGCGCGGCGCCGCGGGCGCGGGGCUUCUUCGCGGCGGCGCCGCCGCCGCCCCUCGCGGACCCGGCGCCGCCGGCGCCCGACGGGACCCCGCCCGGCCAGGGCCAGGGCCAGGGCCAGGGCCAGCUCGUCGUGCCGGGCCUGCCGCGAGGCGCGUCCGCGGGCAGCCUGGCCUACUCGCAGACGACGACGGAGGGCUCCUACGUCGACGUGCACGUGUCGUCGCCGUCGUCGUCGUCCCACGGCGUCUCGCCGCGGUCGCAGUCCUCGGGCCGCUCCGAGGACAUCUGA